CGCCCCUCCGGGGGACGCGCCGGUCGGGCCGCCGUAGAGCCCCCAGUCCCAGGGGCAGUCUACCGCCGAGAGCGCUGCUUUGGGGAGGGGCUCUCGGGCAGCGAACUGGGGCUUCGGCUCCCUUGGGCCGGUUAAGCGCCGCUCGCCCAACUCAGCAGCCCCGUGGAAGGGCUGAGCGAAGCCGGCGGGGGCGCCUCGACAGCCCCCGGGGCAGCCGCCAAUCGGCCAGCCCAACGGGAGGAACACAAAGCCCAUCAUCCGCGCUGCGGGGCCUGAUUCCCGGGAGGAGAAGCCCCCCCCCCCGGCAGAGGGGCAGUGAAGGGGGGCAGCUGGAGGGACCUCGGGGUCUGCCGGGGGGGGAGGAGCCUCUGCUGGGGCGGGGGCUCUGGGUGGGCGGGGCGAGGGCCGCCGAGGGCCACGCCUCCUGCGGGAGAAACUACAGCGCCCAGCAGCCUCCGCGGCCGCCCAGCUGCGGGGAGGGGCGGGGGGCGGCGCGGGAGAUUCAAACUGCCCGGGCGGAGCGAGCGGAGGGCGCAGGGGCGACGAUGGCGCAGCGCGGCCAGGUUUCCUCCGGCUAUGAGCGUCUCACGGCAGAUGAGAUGGACGAGAGGCGGAGGCAGAACGAGGCUUACCAGUAUCUCUGCCACCUGGAGGAAGCCAAGCGCUGGAUGGAGGCCUGCCUGAAGGAGCCGCUGCCCCCUCCGACCGAGCUGGAGGAGAGUUUGCGCAACGGCGUCACGCUGGCCAAGCUCGGCCAUUUCUUUGCUCCUGAUGUCUGUCCCCUGGAGAAGAUUUACGACCUCGGCCAGGCCCGGUUCCAGGCCUGUGGGCUCCAUUUCCGACACACGGACAACAUCAACCGCUGGCGGGACGCCAUGAGCCACGUUGAGCUGCCUGCGAUUUUCCACCCCGAGACCACCGACAUCUACGAGAAGAAGAACAUGCCUCGGGUGGUCUACUGCAUCCAUGCCUUAAGCUUCUACCUGUCCAAGCAAGGCCUGGCUCCCCAGAUGCAGGAUCUGUAUGGGAAAGUGGACUUUACAGAUGAGGAAAUCAACCACAUGAAAGGGGAGCUGGAGAAAUACGGCUUGCAGCUGCCCUCCUUCAGCAAAAUCGGUGGCCUCCUGGCUAAGGAGCUCUCGGUCGACGAGGCAGCCGUGCACGCUGCCAUCCUGGCCAUCAACAACGCGGUGGAAGUGGGGAUCGUGGCAGAGACCGUGGCGGCUUUGUGCAACCCCAGCGCCAUGCUAGUGGGUGUGCAGGAGAGUUGUGGGGGGCCCUACCAGGAAGAGCUCUGCCGGGCCAAAGGAGAGAAGGCUGAGAACGCAAAGAACCGGAAGGGAAGCCAGACAUUUGCUGGUGAUCCGAGGCAGCCUCCCAGCGCUCAGGUGUGGAAAACUGCUCAGCAUCUGCAGAAGAUCCCGGAUGGGGAAGACAUUUAUGAUCACUGUUUGACCCAAGCGGAAAUUCAAGGCAGCAUCAAUCUGGUGAACAUCAGGAGUGCCCUGGAGAUGGUGGAUGAUGCUCUGGAGGCCCAGGACCCCCGGACCCUGUAUCACCUUCUGCAAGACCCCAUCCUAGCCCUGAAGAGCCUGCGGAGAGACAACGCCAGCUGGUACCUGGAUCAACUAUCGGCUGACCGGGAAGAGAAGGCGCUGGAAUUGGGAUACGUUGACUUGCUUGAGCAAGGAGAAAUUCAAGCUGGGCUCUACAUGGCCAACCAGAGGGGUGACCAGGAGCGUGCUGCCGCACAUGCCGUGAGCCACAUCAACGCCUCCUUGCGAAGAGGAAUGGCGGAAGAGACCGUGCGCGCCCUGGCAAACCCCGAGGCCCAGCUCCCCGAGGUCUUCCCCUUCGCUGCCGAGCUCUACCAGAGGGACCUGCUUGCCCUGCAGAGGCAGCACCCCCAGGGGACGCUGGCCCAGGAGGAGCUCUCGGUGGCCGUGGAGAUGCUGUCCGCGGUGGCCCUGGUCAACCAGGCCCUCGAGGAUGGAGACAGCCGCAGCUUCAGGAGGAGCCUCCUCAGCUCUGCCCUGGGCCUGGCCAACGUGGAAGAGAGCCACGCCCAGCGGUAUUUUGAGGGCCUCUCGGAACAGAAGCGGCUCCUUCGGGAAACCCAGCGCGGCUUCCUGAGUUGGAACGACAUCCAGGCCUCGGUGAACGACGUGAACGCCUCCGCCCAAGAGGAGCGGGACAAGAUCCAUGCUGUCCGGCUGAUCAAUGAGGCUCUGCUGGGCGAAUGUCCCGAGAAGACCCUCCGGGCUCUGCUCCUGCCGGCAGCCGGCCUCUCCGACGUGACGCUCCCCAGAGCCAAGCGCUACCAUUUCGUUCUAGCCCGGAUGCUGAGGCAGAAAGCCCAGGCGGCAGGAGGCCCCGGAGCUUCCUUGUGGUGGGAGGAGAUCCAGGAGGGCGUCUGCAGGGCCAACCGAGACAGCAAGGCUGCCCAGCAAAUGGCCCUGGGCCUCGCCGCCAUCAACCAGGCCAUCAAGGAGGGGAACGCGGCGCAGACAGUGCGAGUCCUGCGCAGUCCUGACGUGGGUCUCUCUGGUGUGGUGGCGGAGUGUGCCGCGGCUUACCAGGCGCAGUUCAGUGCCAUCCUGGCAGCACGAAGGCCGGCAGGGGGCCACUCAGAGGCGCUCUGGGUACGGCACAGGCUGAGAGAUGGCUCCGAGUACUACUUCCACCUGCGGUCCUUCGAGGGCUCCUGGGAGCAGCCCCUCACCCUCAGCACGGCCCACCUCAGCCGGGAGGAGAUCCAGGAGGCCAUCACCCGCGUCUCUUCCGCCCACGACCGGCAGCGCCUCUGGCAAUCCCAGACCCGGCUUGUGGUCCGGCUGCAGGCCCGGAUGAGGGGCUUCCUAUUCCGCCGCCACUGGGCAGCUCGGCAGCACUUCCUGUCCCGGCAGGUGCCGGCGGCUGCCAAAAUCCAGGCCGCCUGGCGUGGGCACCGGCAACGCAGGAGCCACCUGGAGAGGAUGUGCUACCUGCGGAGAAACACAGCCGCUGCGAUCAAAAUUCAGUCCUGGGUUCGGAUGUGGCUUGCCCGAAAACGGUACCUGGGACGCCUGCGCGACUUCAGGGAGAAGGUUGCAGCCGUGAUUAAGAUCCAGGCCUUCGUUCGAGGCAACAAGGCCAGAGAGGAGUACAGGAUGCUGGUGCACAGCAGGGACCCCCCGCUCAGGGUCAUCCGGCGUUUCGCCCACCUGCUGGAGCAGAGCCAGCAAGACCACCAGGAGGAGGCGGAGCUGCUGGGGCUGCGGGAGAAGCUGGCCAGGGGGAUCCGCUCCAACCAGCAGCUGGAGAGCGACCUCAACCUCAUGGACAUCAACAUCGGAUUGCUGGUCAAGAACAGGAUCACCCUGCAGGAGGUGGUGUCUCAUUGCAAGAAGCUGACCAGGAAGAACAAGGAGGAGCUCUCCAGCAGGAUGGACGGGGGCAAGGAGAACGGGCUGAAGGGGCUCAGCCAGGAGAAGCGGAAGGCGCUGGAGGCCUAUCAGCACCUCUUCUACCACCUGCAGACCCAGCCGGUGUGCCUGGCCAGGCUCCUCAUGCAGAUGCCGCCCAACAAGUCCACCCGGUUCAUGGAGUCGGUGGUCUUCAGCCUCUACAACUACGCCUCCAGCCCCCGGGAGGCCUACCUCCUGCUCCGGCUCUUCCAGCGCGCCCUGCAAGAGGAGAUCGCCUCCAGAGUGACUCGGCCGCGGGAGAUCCUCACGGGGAACCCAGCCGUCAUCCGCAUGGUGGUGAGCUUCUACCGCAAUGCCCGCGGGCAGAACGCCCUGCGCCAGAUCCUGGCAGAGCCGGUGCGGGAGGUGCUGCAGAAGCCCAGCCUGAGCAUCCGCACCAGCCCCGUGGAGAUCUACAGGGGGUGGAUCAACGAGACGGAGUCCCAGAGCGGCCAGAAGAGCCACCUGCCGUACAACGUUACCCCACAACAAGCCCUUGCUCACCCAGAGGUCCAGAGGCGCCUGGACGCCUCCCUCGGCCACCUCCUUGUGCUGGCAGACAACUUCCUCUCGGCCAUCCUCUCGUCGGUGGAGAAGAUCCCGUAUGGGAUGCGCUACAUGGCCAAGGUCUUGAAGGCAACCUUGACGGAGAAGUUCCCAGAUGCCUCCAAGGAAGAGAUCUACAAGGUGGUGGGCAACCUGCUCUACUAUCGCUUCAUGAACCCGGCGGUGGUGGCGCCCGAUGGCUUUGAUGUGCUGGACUUCUCUGCUGGGGCACCCCUGCACCCCGACCAGAGGCGCAACCUGGCUUCCGUGGCCAAGAUCCUGCAGCAUGCAGCCGCCAACCAGCUUUUCGAGGGAGAAAACAGCCACUUGAACGUGGUAAAUGAAUACCUGGAGGAAACACACCAGAAAUUCAGAGCAUUCAUCGACGCAGCCUGUUCGGUCCCCGAACCGGAAGAGAGAUUUAAGGUGGACAAAUAUUCGGAGCUGGUGGCCAUCACCAAACCGGUGGUCUACAUAACAGUUGGGGAGCUGGUCAACACCCACAAGUUGCUGCUGGAGCACCAGCCCUCCCUGGCUCCCGACCCCCAGGACCCCCUGCACGGACUUCUGCAAGACCUUGGAGAGGUGCCAACCGUGGCCUCGUUGCUAGGCCACAGCCUGGCGCAGGGGGCGACCGGGGCCUGGGAGGAGGCUGUGUCUCAGCUCUCCAGGACGGAGCUCUCGCUCACGCUCAGCGGCAAGUACGGCGGGGUGGAAGCCGAAGCCGAGGGGGAAGCAGCUGCCGGAGGCCUGUGGCUGAGCACCAAACAGAUGCUGCUGGACGUCAUCCAGUCGCAGCCCGGAGACUCCCUGGACGAGAUCCUGCACUCGAAGGCCUCGGAAGCGGAGGAGCAGCUCCACCGACAGCUCUUGCAGAGAAGGGCCACCGGCCACCCGCAGGGCCCAGGGGGGCCACCGCACAGCCAUCUUUCCCUGGCGGAGAAGAAGAAGAAAGUCCUCCGGAACCUGGAGCGCCUGGCGUUGGUGGGCUCGGCCGGCCAGCCCCGGGCCCUGCUCAGCGAGAUUGCCCAGGAUAUCCGCUCUCAGAGGCAUCACCGGCAGAGCCGCAGGGGGCAGCUGGCCAAGCUGCAGCAGACCCUGCGAGGCCUGGCCUCCAAGCGCCGCUUCUACCAGGAGCAGGUGGACUACUACCAGAAGUAUCUCCGCACCUGCCUGGACAACCUGGCCUCUGCAGACAGGCCCAGCAAGAAACAAGCUGUGCUGCAUUACACAGCUGCCCGCCUGUUUGAGAAGGGGGUCCUGCUGGAGAUUGAGGCCCUCCCGCCAAACCAACUUAGAAAUGUCAUUUUCGAUAUUCUACCUUCCCGAGAAGCUGGCAGGUUCCAGGUCAAGGCAAAGUUUAUGGGGGUCGAUAUGGAAAACUUUCAGCUUAGUUACCAGGACCUCCUCCAGCUCCAGUACGAAGGUGUGACUAUCAUGAAGAUGUUUGGCAGAGCCAAAAUCAACGUCAACCUUCUGAUCUUCCUUCUGAACAAGAAGUUUUUCAAGAAAUAACCUGCUUUGAGCAACAGCUGUGGAUUAUUGGGGUCCCUGUUGGAAAGAUGCCAAAGAGAUAUAGUGGUGCUUGCUUCUUCACUCCAGCCCUGCUUCAAAGAAACCCAGAAGACCGCCCCCCCGCCUCAGAGGGACCCUCAGGGCACCUGACUGGACCUCCCCCCACCCGGGCAGCUCCUUGCAUGGCCAAAGGCUUCCUUGGCAUCUAAACCUCCUGCAUGUAGAACACUAGACCAGCAUAUCAAGGAUAGGCAAAGCAUUUCACCUGCAGUGCAGCCCUCUUGAAACAGAAACACACUAGAUCCAACGUCUACCUCUCUCAGUUGCUACACUCUGAGAAGGCCAGGGGUCUCCCCCUGGGUCCCUCCGCCUUUUGGACCCCACAGGUUCCUGGCACUGAACUCCUGGAGGGCACUUUGUUCCCCCACCAAUAGGGCAGCUGGCAAGAAUCAGGCCUGGCAGCUGCCCGUUAUUUCGAGAGGAGGGCAGUGGUGUGCGUGUCAGAGAGAGAGAGAGAGAAAGGUGCUUUUUAACACUUGUCACUGCCAGUGGGAGUUUACACAAAAUCAGGAUUCCUCAAAUGGAGAGUUUUAGAAAUUCAGAUUUGUGGAUUCCACUUCCGCCCAGUGGUAGUUUGAAACAAAGUUGUUAAAGAGCUCAAUUAUUUUUAAAGCAGCGCUUGGAAGGCUAUUGAAAACUGAAUUCAUUGGAUCUUCCCUGAUAAUUUUAAGUAUCCAAUCAAAAGAAUAAGACGAUAAUAUAAAAUGUUUACGCAGAGUGUUAAUAUAAUCACACAUUUUAUUAAGAUGUACAAUAAACUCUAUUAUUCAA